AUGUCUGUCAGCUCAGUAUCCGGCACCAUGCUUAGGCGAACUAUUCUGAACUCCAGAGUCACGGCACAGCGCUUGAGCGUGGUUGAGGCUUCUUCGUGCACCGUCAUCCCCAAUGUUUUUGCAUCUUACAGAACUAUCCACCGUUCGGCUCGGUUGCCCGCUAUUACUGCCUCGGAGGCUCGUCACCGGCCGACUUUGCGGCCUCACCAACAGUCUGCGGUGACCCGCGUGAAUGGGCCAUCUCCAGUCAGCAAGCGCUCAAUUUUCAUCCAGACCGAGAACACACCGAAUCCCGAUGCUCUGAAGUUCAUCCCUAACCAUCGUGUCCUCCCAGAGGAUUUCCCGACAUCGUUCCUCGAGUUCCUGUCUCCUCGCUCUACCCUCGCUCCUCCUCACCCUUCCCCCUUGGCUGCGAACCUGUUCAAUGUUGACGGUGUAACAUCCAUCUUCUUCGGGCCCGAGUUCAUCACGGUGACCAAGGCAAGCGAUGCAAACUGGGCCCAUAUCAAACCCGAAGUCUUCAGCUUGAUUACGCAGGCUGUAACCUCCGGCGAGCCGAUCGUCAACACGGUCGCCAAGUCUGGAGAGAGCGCACAGGAGGGCGGCGAGCAGGAAUCACUCAGCUACAACGAAGAGGACGACGAAGUUGUCAGCAUGAUCAAGGAGCUCCUGGAGACAAGAAUCCGGCCGGCAAUCCAGGAAGACGGCGGCGACAUUGAGCUCCGCGGUUUUGAGAACGGUAUUGUGAUGCUAAAGUUGCGCGGCGCUUGCCGGACCUGCGAUUCAAGCACCGUCACUCUGAAGAAUGGCAUUGAGUCUAUGCUUAUGCACUACAUCGAAGAAGUGCAAGGAGUUGAGCAGGUGAUGGAUGAAGAAGAGGAGAUCUCGAUGCACGAAUUCGCUAAGUUUGAAGAGAAGUUGCGCCAGCAGAAGGGUGCCGCUGCCACCGCUUCUACGGGAGGCAAGGGUACUCUGGACUCGGCCCCAUAA